ACGAGAGACGACUUGAACCGCCAAAAGAGCCUUGUAGCGUAGCUAUGCUGGAACCUUCUUCUCCUCCAGAUCCAGUGCUGUGAAGCAUAUACUCUAAAAGGAUUGAAAGUACAGCGCUGCAUCUUCUACGAAGCAAGGCUAAGAUGUCGGAGAAGUCGAUUGAUAAAGCUCUUUUGGGAAUCAAGACCGCCAUCACAGCUGCUAGUGAGUUCACUGGUCCUAGCGAGCAGCAUGAAUGUAAAGUCACCGUUAACGACACACCUGCGGACACCAAGGCCUGCGAGGACAGUUCGGGAGCGGACCUCGAUGCAAUCAACUCAGCACUACAAGAUAUAAGCCUUCAUGCACCGUCCGUUUCGCCGGAGAAAGUGCCGUGUGAGUCCUUCUGCCUUGCAGGCCAACCGCACGAUGGUUUGGAGGUGCAUGUCCACAGCGAUAAACCUUAUGAUGUUACGACUGGCGAGAGGGACUGUCAAAACGAUCCGCUGCUGGGUCGUGUAGCCGUGGAGGGUCAACUGGUCGCAAUUAUCCUUAAAGAUUGGAGGGUAGAACAGCGGUUGUACGCGAACGGCGCUUCGCUUGAUGCAGAGUUUGUGCGGAGAAUUCAACUUUCAGCUCAGAAUAUCCCGAUGUCCAAGAACGGCUACAAGACCUACAAGACCGUGGCUUUGGCUAUUCAACAUCAAGGGCUGGAACCUAUUAUAACGAUGAGCGGCUGGAAACCCCAUGCUUUGCCAGCAAGUUGCGGCGUUCAGGCAUCUGACGUUUUGCGACCCUUAGUCUUCGAGCUGGCCAAAAAGGUACACCACGCGUUCGACCCUGAGCCAGUCAAGGACGGGGGCCUGCGUGGUAGCUUCCAUGCUUGCCAUGCUGAGAAACAAGUACUUACCAAGUUUAUUGACGAGCAAGCACCUGGUUUCAUACUGGGCCCCGCCGGCUCGAACGACGCACUCACGCCUGAUCUAUCCCAGUCUUAUAUCCAUAUUUGUAUCUAUCAACAACACUCGAAGAACCCGAUCUACUGCGACGAUUGUCUCUUGUUCAUUCGGAGGGUAUGUGAGGCCACGAAGUUAUAUGUGACGUUGUGGUCUUCUACACCCGGAUCCGGCUCAGCUGAAGUGGGAGCACGUUACUGCCGCUCGUUCCCGGGAUAUGCUCGAGUGAAGACGACGCCAGGAGCUGUUGGAAGCCUACCGAGGCCUCCCAAACGGAGAGUUCGCACGAUUAAGAUGUGAAGAGAGGCGAUGGCCACUGGAGGUCCGUCUCCAAUAUCUGGCAGUCGAUAUCGCUACAGAUUACGAACAUUGCGCGCACACUAUAGUGGAAACAUUUAGAUGGAUGUGUAGAACGAUAUAUGGUAACAGUAGUUAUGUUAUACAAGAAGUAAAUCGGA